AUGGAGCUUAGUCAAAUAACCUGGGAGUCGCUACUAUUGAUGGAUGGGCACAGAGAUGGUGCAGACACUCAGCCUGCGCUGCGGCGAUCUCUACUACCAGCACCUCUCCGUAUAGGGUCUGUUUCAACACCUCCAUCCCAAUAUGGGUCUUAUCGGUCCCCGUCCCCUCCGAUUAGCCCUGCUCCGACUCUCCUUGUUUCGGUUCAGACUCCUCAGCAUACCCGUUCUAUGUCAGGCCAGCUUUCUUUGCAUGAAUAUCGCAGGAAACUAUCACAUCCAGAUGUUCAGGGCGGAACAACUGCAGCUCCGAGGAGAAUGCUGAAAAGGAAACCAAAGACUAUAAAUCUAAAUAACAGACAAGGGAACCCCACCCCCCUUUCACCACCGGCAACCCCUCCAGCACCAGAUGCCUUAGCCCCAAGCCCUCCGUUGUCCCCUGACCUGAUAUCAGAACAUCUUACCUUUAGUCCCGGAUACAGCAACGCGUCAAAUCCUGCCAGAAGCUGUGAAGUAUCGCCUAUAGAUGGGUCUUUUCUGGAUUUUCUGCGCACAACCCCUUACAGUCCCCUGACAGACAAUCAUCCAUAUGAUGCAUUAAUAGAAAACAAAACUCCACACUGGACCUUGACAACUCUACGCGACUCUAUUCGACAAAUCCCUAUUAGGUUCACGACACACACAAAGUCAGCCUCUGAAUCAGCACUGCCUAGGACUCUUCGCCACAGAGGUGUCUCGUUUGAGAUAUUAACCCCUAGGAGAUAUACAAGCUCCCCUAUGGCCCAAACUCCGGAUAGGACAGCCAGGCCUAUGAAUAGGUACAUGCUGACCCCUACAGACAUGGAAAUUCAUCAGCUUCCAAAGCUUCGUCGCCGCUCGGCCUCUUUGGGUGCUGAAAGGCGUUGUACGCCUUCUCGGGCCCUGUUUGAGGAUUUGCCUACUGCCUAUUCGUCAAUCACCUCCGGGACAUCCAACAAGACCAAACUGUUCCAUAACUCUGUUUCUAGUGAUGAGAAUUUACCGCUGUCUCCGUCUGGAACCACAGCUUAUGAUGACCAAGCCAUGAUCUUGGGUGCUCAGCAGGCUGAUGACUCCGUUUGUUCAGAAGCCUCAGACCUUCCAACCGGACAGGCAGUGUUGGAAGAGAUAUCUACGGCUCCAGAGGGCAUAGAUGAUGGUAUUCAUCCAUGCAACGCUGAAAGUGAACCGAACAAGCUCGUAAAGCGUUCCCCUGGUUGUCCUCGUAUACGACCGAUAAUUUCAAUGUUUUUGAAUCAACAUCAACCAAAUUUGCAUGGUGCACGAGGCCGCAUUGAAAAGCCAAAAACUAUCAGCAACAUAAUCAAUAGGAGGCCCAAUUCGAGGCCAGGGUCUGCCCAUGGUGAUAUAGAACAACAAAUUGAAGAGAGAUCAGCUCCGCAGCCAGAAUCUGUGCAGCACGAGCCUGAUAACUUGCGUCGAACUCUCCAUGAAAUCAGUACUCCUCACCACCACGAAGCUAGUGAUGUAGACAACAUAACUGCUCCCCAGGAUAUUCGUGGUGAAUCACCAGCUCGCCAGCCAUCGGCAUUUUCCUUCCAGGAGAGCAACCAUCUUGAAGAAUGGAAGUCUUUUAUCCUCACAGGUACAACUGACCAGGUUUCAUCAGAGGACCUUCCCAAAAGUAUGAGGCGUACCAGUAUAUUUGGGCCUAAUUUCUCUCGACCAAUGUCAUCUCGCUCUCGACAUCGUAAAGCAAGCCGCCGAACGGAGCGUCGACCUCAAACGUCUGAUGUUACCUUUCCUCAAGAGGCUCAUCCUAAUCUUCCGAGGCUAUCCACCCCAUCUCUGCGUUGCUCUGAGGAUCGCCAAGGGGAGCAAAGAGAGAUGGCUUGCUACUCUAUGCCACUGCCCCAGCCGUUUUCCCCUAUUGAAGAUAUGACAAUCACCAGGGCAGGAUCACAGCUUGACAUGGGCCCGGGAAGCAGCCAAAGCUCUUCCACCAAUAGACUCAGCCAGCACACUGUAUCUUCAAUGGCACUUGGUUCUCCUCAAUACCCAAAAUCCAUGCUGCCUUUCGAACAGAAGGAAAAGAAAAGUCAUCCCUUUUUCCAUGCACACCUUGGCAGCCCACGAGCCAAGAAGAAAGGGGGGGGAAACUUAACGGUUAUGGCAAGUCAUAAGGGAAAACAAAGCAUUAGUUCUGUAUUAGAUGGUGACAGUGAUAUUGAGGUGGAUGAAGGAGGCUCUGAAAAAGACUGGGAAACAGUUACAGAGAGCCAAAUGUUCAGACCCCGAUGCAGGAUCCCAAUAUCAAAUCUUGAAUCAGGAAGUAGCUUGGCUAAUUAUUCCAGUGCCGGGACUUUGGCAAAUAGAAGCUUGAUGGAUAUACCCUUACGGCCACUCCAAGGGAGUAAUGAUCUGAGAUCCCCCCUAAAUAAUAGGUCUCAUAGGUUCCGUCGGCCGAGCUGGAUGCAUACAUCUCGCCAACGUCGAUUUCCCGAAAUCAGCGCUCCGAGCUUCCCACGACACCUUUACUCGAUGUCUGAGUUUCCUAGAGACCCUGAAGCACUGUUCAACACCGUACCGCCCCUGAUGGCCUCGACCGCGCAGCUGCCUGCACUCCGAGCAUCUUCAUCUUCCUAUUAUCACCACCCGACCCCUCUGAGAGAACCUCAUGCGAACCCCUUCCAAUCCACACCCCCUUCCCUGAACGAGCAGCCGAGCGAGAGUUAUGGAAAGGCUGGACGAGAAAGAUCCGGCUUUGUGUCUGCAAUUCGCAGCAGUAAGUUGAACCUUCAAGAUAAUGAAAGCAACAACCUAUUCAGUUCAGGCCAUAGUGCUGGUCCCAUUAGAAGCCUGCGCCCUCUACCAGGCCAUGGCUCAAUGGAAUCAUCUGCAUGGUGGACAAGACCAUCUUUAAACACCAUGACGUCCCAGCAGCCCUUUCACUCCACCCCUUUUUCAUCAAAUAUUAGAGGCGUGCAAGACAGAACGUCCCUUCACAGCCAUCAUCUCACAGCCCAUCAUCCAACUAGCACAACACAGAAUAUUCCAGCAACUGACAUUAUCAGCAGUAAAAAUACCCUGCCUGUGACAUCUCACACUGCCCAAACACCCUCACUUGCACUUCGAACGCCUGACGCGACAUAUCAAGAUAUCGAGCUUGGUACCCUUACACGUACUCGCCAUAGAUCGAUUCCAGCUCGUUCUCGCGUCAGCUCCUUGACCAGCCUUGUAUCUGGCACCUCGAACUCCAGGAACCCGCCUGGAUCUCUCUACCUCUCAAUCAGGGCAGCACGCGACAGGGCUCGAAACCACCGCCAUAACCGCACGCUGACGAACAAUUCAACUUCAACAACGAACGAGCAUCUACUCUCGACAAGGCCAGACACGCGAGCUUCCUCUAGAGGUGAAACUCGACGCGAUUCCACCAUGGACAGCUAUGAAGCUGGAGCGGAACGGGUAUCUAGUCCUCGAUCUUUCUUUGCCAUGUCACCAUCUAUGUAUAGCCGACCACCAACACGCAGCCAGAGUGUCAGCACGUCCAGGAAGAUUCGAAGCCCCAAACCAGACGAUAUUCUCCGCGAACGCCUGGACCGUAUUGAAACGGCGUCCAUCGUGCUAUCAAACCAUUCGCCAUCACUGCACGAGGGAUGUGUCCGCUCACCCUGGACAACCUGCCAGCCAGCAAAGCAGUUCACCAUCACCCACGGAGCAUCGUCACUUUUCGCUACUAUCGACGAAGAAGUAGCUGUCUUGCCAGAUGCGUACUGUUCAACCUACGGACGUCAUGUCUUCCCGGAGCCACCCCGUUUGACCCCCCAGCCAUACCGUGGCCAACGACGACACCAACAAGGAGGCUCUCCUGGUUCGGCUGGAGGAACGGAAGUAUCUGCGGGCAACGGCAGUCUGAGUGCUCAGCGGAAGCUGGGAAGACAGCUGAUCAUCUUAUUUUCACUUGUCAUCCCCUUUGGGUGGUUUGUGGUAGCCUACAUUGGGUUUGAGGGCAAGAUGGCCGAUUCCUUGAUCCGCUGGAGGUCUAAUGGAGCCAUCAGCGAGUUUCAUGUCAAGGAGAAGUAUUGGGCCAGCCAGUUGGCCAUUUCAUACGGAAUGCUUACUUUUAUUGCGCUGCUCGUGGUGCUUACCAUUUGUCUAACCGCCUUGUGA